CGAAUGUUUACCAAUCCAGAGAUUACUCCUGCAAUAUAAAACAUAGGCAUUCCCAAAUAAAAUUAAACACAUUCAAGAAUAUACAGAAUAAGACAAAUGACAUUGAAAUACCUCAUCACCGGCGCAACAGGCGGCCUCGGAGCCCAAGUCCUCGCCUACUUCAUCGCCAACGUCCCCGCAUCCGAAUACGCAGCUGCAUCAUCGCGCGAAUCAAACAGGAAGCAAUUCACUGAUCGAGGAAUUGCCUUUCGACAUGUUGACUAUAAUGAUCCAAAGACGUUAGAAGAGUCAUUCCACGACGUGGAGAAUCUGCUGUUUGUCAGUACGAAUACGUUUGAUAAUGAGGUGCGACGAGUGCAGCAUCAGAAUUUUGUAGAUGCAGCGAAGAAGGCUGGCGUUGGGCAUGUUUGGUAUACGUCGCUUGCGUUUGGUGGGUUUCGGUCUGAUUCCAAAGUGGCUGUUCAGCAGGCACAUUUGAUGACAGAAGAGAUGUUGAGAAAAUCUGGAAUUACCUUCACAUCCAUCCGCGAAGGCAUCUACACCAACGCCUUUCCUCUCUUCGCCAACUGGUAUCCACAAAGCACAACCAUCACCCUCCCAUCCAACGGGCGAAUGGCACUCACAGUACGCGAGGAACUGGGCGAAGCAACAGCCCGCCUCAUCAUAUCCGGUGGUCAUGAAAAGGAGAUUGUUCUUCUGACGGCACAGGAGAGUAUCAGUUUCUCUGAAGUGGUGGAUAUUAUCAACGAGACGACUGGGCGCGAUGUUAAGCUGGAUAUUGUUUCGGCAGAUGAGUAUGUCAGACUUAAUGGAGAUAAUGAUACUGGUGCGAAACCAACGGCUUUCUUCCAAACGCUCUUGUCGUGGUAUGAGGGUAUUGCGAACGGAGAGGCUAGCAUGACGCAUCCGUUGAUGAAGGAGGUGCUGGGGAGAGAGCCAACGGGGGCGAAAGAGGCUAUUCGGAGGAUAUUGAUUGAGAAUCCGGAUUAUACGUGGCAUCAGAAUUAUGCUAAGUGAAUUUGGGUACAAUCUAUUGAGUACAUAAAUCAAUAAUAGGAUGUCCAUAAUCCAAUAUAACCUCGUAUAUUUCCUAUUUCAGAAAG